GACAUGUAGAAGCAAGCAAAUGAAAGCAGCAAAACACUCUUGAAAGGACGAAAAUGACAACCGUGGGGUGCGAUUCGUUCCUUGGCUGGUGCCUCUCUGCGCACGCAGCGGCGCUGAGCCACCCGAAAGCAGCAGCGAUGCAGUGGAUGUGACAGUGCAAGGGCAGAUGCUCUGGACGGUAGAGGAUGCUAGAGAAGAGGGCCAAGUGACUUCCCAAGGGCAUUCUCCCACUCUCCCGUUGAUGAGCCCGUGUCUCCAUGUGCUGGGGAUCUGUAAAAACAGGACCCACUGGGAAUUUUUAGCACUUUAAGGUACAACAAUGGUGGCACAUGUACUGUUCCAGUGGGUUCUGCGAGGCCUUAUUCUGACUUUUCUGCUCAGAACUACUCUGUCCCUAAAUCCAGAUGAUCCAAAUGUUUGUAGUCACUGGGAAAGCUACGCCGUGACCGUGCAGGAAUCUUACGCUCAUCCCUUUGACCAGAUCUAUUACACACGAUGCACAGACAUCCUCAACUGGUUCAAGUGCACCAGGCACAGGAUCAGCUACAAGACCGCGUACCGCAGGGGGCUGCGCACGAUGUACCGCCGACGCUCCCAGUGCUGCCCCGGCUACUACGAGAGUGGAGACUACUGCAUACCACUGUGCACAGAGGAGUGUGUGCAUGGAAGAUGUGUCUCUCCUGACACGUGUCACUGUGAACCAGGCUGGGGAGGGACUGAUUGCUCAAGUGGCUGCGACAGCGAGCACUGGGGACCCCACUGCAGCAACCGCUGCCAGUGCCAGAACGAAGCGCUCUGCAACCCCAUCACGGGAGCCUGCGUGUGCGCCGACGGCUUCCGCGGCUGGCGCUGCGAGGAGCUCUGCGAGCCGGGCACCUACGGCAAGGGCUGCCACUUCCAGUGCCAGUGCCACCACGGGGCCACCUGCGACCACCAGACCGGCGAGUGCCACUGCGCGCCCGGAUACACCGGAGUGUUCUGUGAGGAGCUGUGUCCCCCCGGCAGCCACGGAGCCCAGUGCGAGCUGCGCUGCCCCUGCCAGAACGGGGGCGUUUGUCACCACGUCACUGGGGAGUGCUCGUGUCCUGCUGGAUGGAUGGGGCUGGUGUGUGCACAGCCGUGUCCUCCUGGAACCUUUGGAAUUAACUGCAGCCAGGACUGCCCGUGUCACAACGGAGGACACUGCGACCCCGUGACAGGAAAAUGCCUGUGUACAGCUGGCUAUAUAGGAGACAGGUGUCAGGAGGAGUGUCCCAUCGGCACCUACGGCUUCCAGUGCGCGCAGACCUGCGACUGCCACAACGGGGCCAAGUGCUACCACGUCAACGGCGCCUGCCUCUGUCAGCCUGGCUUCAAAGGCAUCCACUGCCAGGAGAGAAUGUGUCCUGAGGGCUUUUAUGGCCUCAAGUGCAACAAGAGAUGCCCUUGCAAUAUUACCAACACCCUCAGUUGCCAUCCUCUGUCUGGGGAGUGCAGCUGCAAGCCUGGCUGGGCCGGGCUCUACUGCAACGACACGUGUCCCGUGGGCUACUACGGCGAGGGCUGCCGGGCGCCCUGUCCCUGCCACAACGGCGCCGACUGUGACAGCGUCACCGGGAGCUGCAUCUGCGCCCCAGGCUUCAUGGGAGAUGACUGCACCAUUCCCUGCGUGGCAGGAACCUACGGAACCAACUGCUCCUCGGUUUGUAACUGCAAGAACGAUGGCACUUGUUCCCCUGUGGAUGGGCUGUGCUACUGCAAAGAAGGGUGGCAAGGAGUGGAUUGCUCUCUCCCGUGUUCCAGCGGGAGCUGGGGCCUGAACUGUAACCAGACGUGUUCCUGCAGCAAUGGAGCGUCCUGCAGGCCGGCCGAUGGCUUCUGCCUCUGCUCCCCGGGAUGGCAGGGGGACUUCUGUGACCAGCCCUGUCCUGAUGGAACAUAUGGCCUUAAUUGCAGCGAGCGUUGUGACUGUAACCACGCGGAUGGGUGUGAUCCCGUCACCGGCUACUGCUGCUGCCUCGCAGGCUGGACAGGCAUCCACUGUGACAACAUCUGCUCCCAGGGCCGCUGGGGACCCAACUGCUCCAUCUCCUGCAGCUGUGAGAACGGGGGAUCCUGCUCCCCUGAGGAUGGAACCUGUGACUGUGCCCCGGGCUACAGAGGACCCUUGUGCCAGAGAAUCUGCCCCCCGGGGUUUUACGGCCACCACUGCAGCCAGCCGUGUCCCCAGUGCGUGCACAGCAAUGGUCCCUGUCACCACGUGUCCGGACACUGCGACUGCCUGCCCGGAUUCUCCGGCCCUCUCUGCAACCAAGCGUGUCCCAGCGGGAGGUUCGGGAAGGACUGCGCCGAGCUGUGCCAGUGCACCGAGAACGGCACCUGCAACCCCACGGACGGAUCGUGCCAGUGCUUCCCGGGCUGGAUCGGCACCGACUGCUCGCAGACUUGUCCCACUGGGUUUUGGGGCCCUGAUUGCUUUCAUUCAUGCAACUGCCACAACGGAGCACUGUGCAGCCCCUACGAUGGAGAAUGUAGAUGUACCCAUGGUUGGACGGGGCUCUACUGCACUCAGCGUUGCCCAGCUGCUUUUUAUGGAAAGAACUGUGCCAACGUGUGCCAGUGCCAGAACGGAGCCGACUGUGACCACAUCACCGGGCAGUGCACGUGCAGGACGGGAUUUACAGGCAAACAGUGUGAGCAGAAAUGCUCUCCAGGAACAUUUGGUUAUGGUUGCAAGCAGCUGUGUGAGUGCAUGAACAAUGCAACGUGUGACCACGUCACAGGCACUUGCUACUGCAGUCCCGGCUUCAAGGGAAUCCGAUGUGAUCAAGCGGCUCUUAUGAUGGAAGAAUUAAACCCCUAUACUAAAAUUAGCCCUGCUCUUGGAUCAGAGAGGCACUCAGUGGGAGCAAUCAUUGGAAUUAUUAUUCUCCUUCUAAUUAUUAUGGUCUUGCUGGCACUCUUUGUGUGGUAUCGACGGAAACAGAAGGAGAAGGGCCAUGACAUGCCAAGUGUAUCUUACACUCCAGCCAUGAGGAUGACUAAUACAGAUUACUCACUUUCUGAUAUAUCCCAAGGUAGCAGCAGUGUUCAUUGUUUUUCCAAUCCAAGCUACCACACUCUCUCAUGUGGGGUGACUUCACGCUUCUUUCCCAGUAAUCUGGAUGGAAACAGCUCCUGUAAGCUCAGUAACAAAAUCCUUGACAGAGAAACUGCAGACUGGAGACCCUACAGCUAUCUGAAUGAACUAGGUGCUUGUGGGAUGGAUAGACGUCAGAACACAUACAUAAUGGAAAAAAGCUUCAAAGAUUAUAUGAAGGAAUCUGUGUGCAGCUCCAGCACUUGUUCCCUGAACAGCAGUGAAAAUCCAUACGCCACCAUUAAAGACCCCCCCAUUAUAACCUGCAAACACUCCGAGAGCAGCUACGUGGAAAUGAAAUCACCUGGUCACAGGGAGUCCCCGUAUUCCGAAAUGCCAACUUCAUCAACAGCCAAUAAAAACAUCUACGAAGUUGAGCCCACUGUCAGCAUAGUCCAAGACGCCCGCAGUCGCAGUGCCAGUUACCUUCAGAAUCCGUAUGACCUGCCCAGGAACAGUCACAUUCCUGGUCACUACGACCUGCUCCCCGUGCGGCACAGCCCCACGCACGGCCCUUCUUGGGACAAGCAGUCUUAGAGGGAUGGACUUCACUGGGCACCGUGCUGCCAGCACAGACUGUGAGGAAGCAGAGGAGAAGCCGUUCCUUCCUUUCCUGAGCACUGGCAAGGACCUGACACGACAUCAGCUUGGGCCAACUGCUGCUGCAUGAUGUUAUUUAUAAAGACAUUUUUGUAUGGGUACCUGGAACUAACGAGAGCCUCCUCCACGUGGGACUGGAGCACAUCACACCAGGGAGGUGUCUUCAUGCUCCAGGCAAAAACUCUGCGUGGCGUGUUCUAACCCUGGCUUUGCUGUAAAAUAAACCACAAAAACAUGCUAAAGUAGGACUUCAGGAUGUACAUUUCUACCGACUGCAUCGAGAAACCUUUUACUGUUAGAACAAGGUGACUAGGAAUACGCUGGAAUUAAUUUUCAUCUUUGUCAUGGGAAUGGACAUUUUUCUGAAGGAGAGCAGGGAAAUUUGUCAUUUCACUGUCUGGAAAGCUCAUUUACUGCCAUCACCAUGUGCAACCUGUGCAGCUCAUGCUUGGCAAUUAGCACUGAGAUUGUCAUCUCUGUAUUCAGUACCAGAGAACUUGAGUUGAGGAACAUUAACACAGACACUUUCUGUGCAGUUUUUAGUACCUUUCCAAACAUCCCCUGAUCUUUGCUAAUGAAUGGAGUUUCCACAAUGAGUCCCACACCCAUCUUACCACACUUUUAACAUUGAUUGGCACAGGUAGGCUUUGAUUUUCCUUAUGCAGCUUCUCUUUUGAUAGCUAAAUCCAGCAGAUCUGUCAGGCAGUUUAAAGUGCUGCCCCUCCAAUUCCUGCCUCGGGACGCUGCAGGUUUGCACAGACCAGCCCUGGUUUCAUUUCCUCUCUCAAAGCUGAGCCACAUCGGCUUCUCUCUCCCAUCUUCCCAAACCAUCUCCUCACGAUUCACUGUCAGCAUGCCACUGAUGACACCUCUUAAUCUGAUGUGCAUUACCAUGUAGUGCAACUUUAUCCAUUGAUGAUUCUACCUGAAAAGUCAUUAAAUGGAGCUGAACCCGGGUUUUCUUUUUCA